AUGGGCUCCUUUAUUGAGCCUAAACGGCCGAACUUCCUGGUCAUCGUCGCCGAUGAUUUGGGUUACAGUGACACCGGACCCUUUGGGUCCGAGAUUUCCACGCCGGCGCUGGAUUAUCUAGCCAGCUCCGGCGUCCGGCUCACGAAUUUCCACACCGCCUCUGCGUGUUCGCCGACUCGGUCGAUGUUGUUUUCAGGAACGGACAAUCACAUCGCCGGGCUGGGGCAGAUGGCAGAGCACAUGCCCGCGAAUGCAAAAGGCCAACCUGGCUAUGAAGGGUACUUGAACUUUCGCGUUGCCGCGCUGUCCGAGGUCCUUCAAGAUUCGGGGUAUGAGACAAUGAUGGCCGGAAAAUGGCAUCUAGGGUUGACGAAAGAGACGGCGCCAUGUUCCCGAGGAUUUGACAAGAGCUUCGUCUUUUUAUCCGGCUGUCACAAUCACUUUAACUAUGAACCCCAACUCGAGGAUCCGUCCCACUCGAUUUUCACUGCCAUUAAUGGCGGCCAGUUUUGGAUGCGGGAUUCCAACUUUCUCGAUCGCACGACGGAUAUUCCCACAGACUUCUAUUCUACAACCUCUUACGGUCACGAGCUCAUCAAACAGCUCACGAGCCGUGACACGUCUAAACCGUUCUUCGCGUAUCUCGCCUUCACCGCUCCUCAUUGGCCGUUACAAGCUCCUCAGCCCGUCAUAGCCAAAUACAAGGGUCUCUACGACGAUGGUCCAGCUGCGCUGCGCUCGAAGAGGUUGGAUCAGCUCAUCAGACUAGGUCUUAUCUCACCUUCCGUAGAGCCAGCGCCUAUGUGCUACGGAGCUGAAGAAUGGGAGAACAUGGAUCAGACACAACGAGCCGAGUCGGCGCGGAAGAUGGAAGUGUUCGCCGCCAUGGUGGACAUGAUGGACCAGAGUAUCGGCGGGGUUUUGAACCAUCUUGAAGAAUCCGGCGAAUUGGACAACACGUUUGUUCUCUUCAUGUCCGACAACGGCGCCGAAGGGGCUCUUCUCGAGGCCAUGCCUAUCAUGGGCGGCUCCUCUAACGUUGGUGUCAUCAUCGACAAGUAUUAUGAUAACAGCCUCGACAACAUCGGCAAUGCGAAUUCUUACGUCUGGUAUGGCCCGGCCUGGGCCACCGCGUCAAUGGCGCCCUCACGUGGGUUCAAGACCUGGAUCACCGAAGGCGGCAUCCGCUGUCCUUGCAUCGUGCGUUAUCCCCCCGCGUUCGGCAACAAUACGAACCCAAACAACCACAAGAUUAAUGAGAGCACCACUCAAGGAGUGCACAGCGACUCCUUCGCCACCGUGAUGGAUAUUCUCCCUACAAUCCUUGACAUAGCAAACAUCCCCGUUCCUUCACCCACCGAGCUGUUUCGGAACCGCAGCAUCGUCCCCAUCCGCGGGUCAAGCUGGCUUCCGCAUCUCAGCGGCAAAAUGCCCUCGUUCCACGACGAAGAACACAACAUCACCGGAUGGGAGUUGUUCGGGUUCCGCGCCAUACGCCAGGGCCCCUGGAAGGCCCUCUUCAUGGGGGCUCCACGCGGCAAAGAUCGGUGGGAGCUGUACAACCUCGCCGAUGAUCCAGGAGAGGGUUGUGAUCUGGCGGCGCAAGAGCCUGAAGUAUUGAACAGGCUGAUCAGUCACUGGGAGGUUUAUCACGCCGAGACGGGCAUGGUGGACCCAGAGCCGCAUAGCAAGACGGCGGGUGAAGUCGAGUUUGUUUAG